AUGGACGUCAAGCUUUCAGUCUGGAGCGUUUCAAUUAAUCUGACACCGACUCAGGCCCAAACAAGCAAACACAGAGCCUUUCAAGCCAAACACCACCUCCUCCUCCCCUCCACCUCCUCAACUCCUCCUCCUCACCUCCUCCUCCCCUCCUCCUCACCUCCUCCUCCUCACCUCCUCCUCACCUCCUCCUCACCACCUCCUCACCACCUCCUCACCACCUCCUCACCACCUCCUCCUCACCUCCUCCUCCCCUCCUCCCCUCCCCCCCCCUCCUCCUCACCUCCCCACCUUCUCCUCAUCACCUCCUGCUCACCUCCUCACCACCUCCUCACCACCUCCUCCUCACCUCCUCCUCACCACCUCCUCACCACCUCCUCACCACCUCCUCCUCACCUCCUCCUCACCUCCUCCUCCCCUCCUCCCCUCCUCCUCACCUCCCCACCUUCUCCUCAUCACCUCCUGCUCACCUCCUCACCACCUCCUCCUCACCUCCUCCUCCCCUCCUCCCCUCCUCCUCACCUCCCCACCUUCUCCUCAUCACCUCCUCACCUCCUCCUCACCUCCUCCUCACCACCUCCUCCCCACCUCCUCCUCACCUCCUCCCCACCUCCUCCUCACCUCCUCCUCCCCACUCUCACAUUCAGCUUGCCUUGUUGCCACCACCAGUGUCUGGGCCCCCGGGGGUCAUGA